UGGAAUAAUGUUAUGCUAUUUUUGUGGUGGACUCCUGCACCCUCGCACGACCCUCAACAAGAGAAGCGGUGUUGAAAAUGGAUGGAUUUUUUUUUUUUUUUGUGGUUUAUGAGCUGUGUUACGGCGCGGGCGUCUGAGAAACACAACAAUUAAACGUUUUUAACUCGGUUGCAGGUAAAGUAGCAUAUUGAUGCAAGAACCAGAAAACGAAUGGUUGGCCUUUCGAAGUAAAGGUUUAGACAGCAAAGCUGUAUGACAAAGCAAGGCCCAAUUCUUGAAAAAAAAGUAACUUUUAUGUUUAAUACCAUCCAGGUCAUAGUUUAUUAUUUAUUUUUCAACCGAGACCCGUGUUCCAUAAGCAAAUCUAUUAGGAAUAAUCAAAGGCAGUAACCGGAAGUAAGCUUUCUUUUUUUUUAACUUGACAGUGAUUCACCGCACCCACUGGAGGCAGGAGGCUGCCUCAGCGUGCUGUUGGAGGGUGAAGCUGGAGCAUCCUUGUUUUGUCUUGCAUCCCACAACAAACACAUUCUGACGUUGCCACUUGAAGCAGGCAUGGCUCGUCAGUGGGGAGGGACCCAUUCGUCGUUGAGUUAGCCGACUGGCAGCUUUUAUUUACCUCAAUCCUUUCUUUUAAUUCAACACCAUGGCUAAGCAGUACGAUGUGCUCUUCCGACUCCUGCUUCUUGGAGACUCUGGGGUUGGAAAAACAUGUUUGCUAUGCAGAUUCACUGACAAUGAAUUUCACCCGUCUCACAUUUCAACUAUAGGGAUCGACUUCAAAAUGAAGACGCUGCUCAUAGACGGAAUCAAAGUGCGAAUCCAGAUUUGGGACACUGCAGGCCAGGAACGCUACCAGACCAUCACUAAGCAGUACUACCGGCGAGCGCAGGGAAUUUUCUUGGUCUACGACAUCACGAGCGAGCGCUCUUUUCAGCACAUCAUGAAGUGGGCAAGCGAUGUGGACGAGUACGCGCCAGAAAAGGUACAAAAGAUCCUGGUCGGGAACAAGUCAGAUGAGGUGGACAAGAGGCAGGUGGCCACAGAGCAAGGUGUCAAGCUGGCCCAAGCUUAUGGAAUGGAUUUUUUUGAGACUAGUGCCUUCACCAACCGUAACAUAACAGAGACUUUUACACGGCUGGCCGAGCAGGUGCUGGCGGCCAACAAGAAGGACCUGGAUCUUCUUCGGAUGUCUCUGAACGAUGAGCUGAACCUGGCUGCUCUGGAGGAAGAAGAGGGAUUGUGUGACGGCGGGUCCACCGACCAGGGGAAAGGCUGCUGGUGUUAAAAGACCGAACUGAAGUGUGAGGGGACGCCGCUGGAAAUUGUAACGUGAAAAGCCAGCUGGUUGAGCAUUUAGUGGACACCCUUGAGACCCAACUUCAGGUCCGUGUCGUAGUGCGCUCUUUGUCCUCACUCGUAAAAUCAGCUCGGGUGCACAAGUUGAAUGUGUUAUUUGUCACAUUUUAGUUUUCCACUACUAGUGCCACGUUUGGCCUAGAAGUAUGCAAGCAUUGCUCAAAGGACGUUUCAAUAUGUAUUCGAUAUCCUGCGUAUCAAGUUAGGUUCCAUGUUCUUGUACACUCGGUGGUCACUGGCACCUGUCUGGCCUAUUCGUAGGUUAACUACAUGUUAUUAGUGAGGCAAAACUGUGCACUAUUUUUGCACUUUGCAACGGACUAAGCGCAGAGUUCAUGUUCAAACUGGGCCUGUUUUGACAGCGGCUUGAAAUAACAUGAAAUAUACUUUUUAAAUGAAACUCCGUCUCAUUUUAAAUGAACACUUGGGCUUUGUACACUACUGUAUUUUGAUUGUAGUCGUGAUGUUGGAACUUAAAGAGAGCUACAGCAUUUUUUUACAUUUUAUUUUUAUUUUUUUUUAGGUGGUCUCACUGUUCUAGAUCUUUAGAUGUCAAAUAUUGCACAGAUUUGCCUCCCGAGUAACGUGUAGUUGUGCUUCCAGUAUGUCAAAGUUGUCCUAUUGGUGAGGAAAGAGACCUGAAGUUUGGGUAUCCAAGAUAUGGGAUACAUGCUCAAACGGUCCAUUUUUCCAUUUUAUGGAGUGAUCUGUGAUCUCUAACGCUGAUGGUUUCAUGACUCUCCUUUGAAAUUGGGCAGCACAGAGUUUCCCCAAAACAGAAUUGGCAUACAAAUGAAUUUAACGCAUUUCCAGAAGGUCUGUGCGUAGAUCGAGGCCAUCGAUGGUGUUUUUAGGGAGCCAACAUCUUUGAAAAAUCUCGCUUCAUUCUGGAGACAAGUGAACAGUUUUUGCACACAGAUUUAAUUUGAUUGCAACUUCAGUGAAGUUAAAACAUCAGCUGGCUAUAAAUUCCAAUAGGAUUCAACCAGAGAUGCCUCUCGGAGACAGAAUGAGCGUCCACUUUUGUGUGCACCCUUUUCGUAUUCUUAAACGUUACUUGUGGGCUUGAAAUGACAGUAUGUGUGUGCGUGCGGGUGAUGUUGAAUGGUGUUGUUUCCAAAAAAAAAAAAUCUUCCUUCUUUCAACCUACUUGACUAGUAUUUGUGGAACUAGAUGACAUUGUAUAAGCAGAAUACAGUCAAUCUUAUUCUUCAAGAGAAGUUGUCACAUGCUUAUGAGUAAAUACCCGCAGCUUGUUCUAAACUGUGUUCAAGGGUGUUUCCUUAUGAUACUUAAAGCUCUAGUUUUUUCGUGAAGUAAAGCAUCACAGUCUAUAUAUCAAAUUUCCGUCCAUUUUUCCUCACUCUGAUGCCCCUGGCUCAUUUAUUAUUGACUCCCGUUGUAGCACUUAAAAGAGCGUACCUUAUUGUCCCCAAUAACUCCCGUUGUGGAUAUUAUGGCUUUUUCUCACUCCCAGGCCAAUCUUACUUACACCUGCCCGAUGACUCCCAUUAUGGCACUUAAAAGUAUUUUGGCCUUAAUUUGGUGCCCAUUGACCAUAAUUGAAGCACCUUUAGUGCUACUGAUACACCUUCCAAAAGCCCCCAUUACAGCACUUAAAAAAAGAUUUGAGCCUUCAUUUUGUGCCCAUAAACUCUAAUUUAAGCUCUUUAUUCAUGUCCUUUUCUCUCCUGGUACAUCUCUCCACUGGCCCCAAUUUUGGCUUUUUCUGCACACUUACCGAUUUUAAUCUGAGAAAAUAUGCAAGCGCAUGCAUAUUUGACUCUGCAUAUUUGUUGUACAGUAUAUCAUUUUCAUACAACAAGAAAUAGAUGUGAUAGAGAACUGCACGACCUUAAAUGGCAUAAAAUGAGUACACAAUGUUAAUGAAUUACAUUACGCAUUAAACUGUAUUUAUAUUUU